CAUAGUAUACCUUUAAAAGCACAGCCUCACAGCUAUAAAGAGCAAGCUUUGCUGAAGAUGGGGUUCUCGGAUAUAUGCUUCGAUCUAACUACCUACUGGGAUUCAAUACGCAAAAAGUGUGUUCCGUGUGAAACAAAAGCUGGUUACGAAGUUACUAAAAAUUGUGGACGCGACGAUGAAGGUGGAGUCCACACGAACAAGUUUACGCCGUGCAAACCCGACACGUUCAACGACGGGACGUCCGCUCACUGUCGGAGCUGCUCCACAUGUCCUCCUGGGACUUUUAUCCGGGGACAAUGCACGUCAACAUCGGACACAAUUUGCGAGGAAGACAAAAACGCGUCUCAAACUCCUCCAACUCCAGCAGCCACCCUGGAGUCUCGUACAACCACCCAUGCGACAGCACCGUCCAGCACCACAGCAACGAUGUACCAAACAACCAACUUGCUGGUAACAAGCAAUGAGCCACAUGCACCUCUGUGGCCAGUACCAAUAGCAGUGAUUGCAUUCUUUAUGCUGGUUGCUACCGUUUUUGCUUUGAAAAUGAAAAACAGAAGAGGUGUGUGUAAAAAUGUGUGCUGUAAAAGAAGAGCAUCAUAUAAGGGGGAAGGUUUUUCCCCCAUCUCCUCCUCUGGAAGCAACAGCGAGGUGCUGGAGGACAUUCUCGACGCUAAAAUCCUGGCGGCACCUUUGCACACAGUUCUGGAUGACCUCGAUGUCUUGGAAGAGUUGGUGAUUCUGUUGGAUCCAGACACUCAGGGCAUAAAGAGCACAAAGCAUCUGGCGUCUCUCUGCUCCUUCCCUUCCACCUGGAUCACUUACACUUACUCCAUGAAGGACAGUAAAAGCCCCCUGAAAGCCGUGCUGGAAGGGGUCACCAGCAAGCAGCCCGAUUGGACUGUGGCCCACCUAGCCCAGCUGCUCAGACAAAUGGGUCGGAACGACGCCCUCGCUGUUCUCAUCAAACUCAGACCUGGUCCACAUGCAGGAUAUGUGUGAAACCUUUUCUUCCCCCUUCUGGCAGCAAGGGGUGCCUGUUAAACAGAAGUCAAUAUGAUGCCUCAGCCAUCUCCCACAGGUCUGCGUAAAUAUUCUAAAAAUAUUCGACAAUGAUUCCUACCACCCAUCUGCGUCUUCUGGAUUUGCGUAUGACCGCCAAGGAUAUGGAAAAAGUCAUUUCCAACUCUGUUCCAGUGUUUGAUGAUGGUGUUAAAAUUCAAUACUGCGGUUGGCACAUGCUGAAAGUAAUUUAGUCAGCGCCCUUCGGUAUUACUGGAAAGCCUGUUAAAGGUAUAUGGAAAAAAUACCAUAAAUUCAGUGUUAGUGCAGCUGGAUAAUGGCGUCAUGAUUUUAUUUUUAUAUCCAACUUUAGAUGUUUUUUUUAAGCUUCUUUACUUUUUAUGUAGCAGUAAUCAGUAAGAAUUGUGUUUCCCUGGCCUAGAGACAUUAUGCGACACAAAUUUCUCUUGCUUUCAACUCUUCAAAAUAAGAAAUAUAAGACAUUUAUGUUAAUGUUCAUAAACCUAGGAAAUGGAUAGAGGAAAAUCUAUACUUUUUGUUGUGCACUUGGAAAAUUUAUAUGAAGUCUGAAUAAAUAUCUUUAUAAUCUU